CUGGAGUUUCGUUUUAUCUUCAUAGAAUCCACACAAUUCAAUUUACUUCCUUGGGGCCAUUUUUACGCCAGUUAUGAAAUGGCGAACGACCUUUUAGUUGGAUCAAUAGACUUUGGGACUACAUAUUCUGGCUGGGCAAUAUUGUUUGCUCACGAGUUUGAAUCUGAACCCACGAAAGGAUACGUGAAACAAUGGCAUUCAAGUGGUACACUGAUCACAGAGAAAACGCCGACAGUGGUACUGAUAAAACCAGAUGGCCAGACACUAGAAGCUUUUGGUUAUGAUGCUGAGAACAGAUACAAGGACUUGAUAGACGAAGAGGAGCAUGAAAAUUACUACUACUUUCAGAGAUUCAAAAUGAAGCUUCAUAAAAAUCUAGGGGAGAAUAUCAAUUUGGAUAUGACACUGAAAGAUGAAAUGGGUCGUAUGUUACCUGCAAUUGAUGUAUUUUCAUUGGCAAUAAAGUUCUUAGUAGAUGAUAUGCAUAGAGUGGUUAAAGACAAGAUUGCAGGGGUGAUCGAGAGGUCUGAUGUACACUGGGUCAUUAGUGUUCCUGCAAUUUGGACAGACUCCGCCAAGCAGUUCAUGAGAAAAGCCGGUGAAAAUGCUGGUAUUGCUGCAAACAAAUUGAGUAUCGCCCUUGAACCAGAAGCAGCUUCCAUUUUCUGUCGUCAUCUAUCGGUUGAAAAACGAUUGGACACCACAGGGAUAUCCAUUGCCUCUUUUCCAGCUGGAACCAUAUACAUUGUUCUUGACGCAGGAGGUGGAACAAUAGAUAUCACAGUUCAUGAAGUUCAGCCUACUGGUACAGUCAAAGAGAUAAAAGCUGCCAGCGGCGGUGGCUGGGGUGGAACUCUUGUUGACGAAGCUUUUGAACAACUACUCAUUGAUAUUGUUGGUAAGAAUGUGUACAAUUUAAUGCAUUCAAAAUGGAACAGACGGAGGACUGGCUAGAACUCUGGCGUGAAUUUGAAAUCAAGAAGAGGAACGUGAGUCCUAAACAAACAGACCAACAGCAAAAGCCAGAACAAAAAGUUGUUGCAAUGAGGGUUCCCGCGUCCCUUUGCCAAGUCUACGAACGAAAAUGCCAAAAAAGCUUAGCAGAAGCUGUUGCGUCGUCUGCUUAUGGGGAGAAUGUUCAUUUUGUAAGCGACAAAAUGAAAUUUGGCGUAGAAGUUUUUAGGACUCUUUUUGACGAAUCUUUGUCAAAAACUAUUCAACAUAUUGAAAAACUCCUCCGCGACCUAGCUGUCUCUGACCUAAGAGCAAUAUUGAUGGUAGGUGGCUUUUCAGAUUCCCCGAUGCUGCAAGAGAAGGUGAAAUUCUCAUUUCCAAAUAUCGAUGUCAUAAUACCCGCAGAAGCUUCAUAUUCUAUAUUGAGAGGUGCACUUAUCUUCGGACAUAGUCCAAAAGCUAUCUCUGAAAGAGUGCUGAAGUACACAUAUGGUGUGGAAAUGUUAACUCCUUUUAUUAAAGGCAGGCAUCCCGAAAGUAAGCGAGUAAUGAUGGAUUCUGGACCCAAAUGCAAACAUGUCUUCCAUAAGCAUGUCGAAAGAAACCAAGUUGUCAAAGUUGGAGAUGCCCAGGUCACUCAGUCCUAUCAUCCCGUGAAUUGGGACCAGACAGCAAUCAGUUUUCCUGUGUAUGCGUCUGAGUUGAAAGAUCCGCAGUACACAGAUGUCGGGUGCAAAUAUGUAGGAGAAAUGUUAGUGAACCUGCCUGAUCACGACGGGGACUUCAGUCGUGAAGUAAAGCUUUCCCUUACUUUUAGCGGGACAGAGAUUGAGGUGAUAGGCGUAGAUGAAAAAACAGGAGAGGAGACAAAAGCUUCAAUUAACUUUUUAGGAUAGACAAUUCGC